AUAGGUGUUCUAGUUUUGGUAGGUCAGCUCUGAUUAUAUUUAAUAAGCACAUUUAAAGAAAGAUGAAAAUGUGAGAAUGUCUGGUUUGUGGUGAGAUACAAUUGUUUAUCGUGUAUAGAAGGCAUGCCAACAAAUGCGAGCCGAAAACAACAUUUACUAUUACCAUCUCUCGGAGCAUUUCAGCGCUUAUUAACAAUGGCAUUACAAGCUACUCUAACAGAGUUCUAAUAUUAAUAUAUUAAACCAGAAUCAUCAUGGCCAACUAACACCAUCAUCACUUGCACAAACAGAGUCGUCGAGAAAGUACUUUACAACAUGCUCUACAUUUUGCACAAGCUAUUUGGCAUUCGCUAACACAUAGUGCGAAUAAAACAAAACGCCAAAACUGAUCUGAACAGAAAAUUGAUAGAAAAAAACGCGUGAACGGUUCUGGACGAAGUCGGGCGUAGUGUGGUCGUCGUCACAGCAAACAUUUUGAGAAACAUCGGUACGAACUCAGAGACCAAAACAAAUACUCCAGUCUCAGAUAACAGGACCAAUAGGUGCUCAGAAUACCAAAUACUGCAAAAUAGAGCCUCGAAAACACUUUGAAGGCUGUUAACAAUGUCGGAAUCAACUGACCAAUCACAGUUGAGCAACAGUUUACAACUUUUGAUCCAAUCACUGAGCUCAAACGCAGAAACCAACCAAAAUAGUUCUCUCAUGACGAUCAAAAAAGAAGCACACGAAGAAGAAUCUUCACCCGUCAUGAUGGAAGAAGAAAUACCCCAGAAUUCGUUUGCGUCUUCAAAAAAUCCUCUGGAGACUUUAGUGAGCAACCUAGACAAUUUGAUUUCAAGUCAGCAAACCAUAAAAAAGGAACCAUCAAUGACAAAUCCAGCAGACACUACCCAAAAUAACCAGCUGCUAGCAAAUGUUCUUGCAAACCCAGAAACUCUGGCGUUGUUCCAACAAAUGUUAAUUGCCCAGAAGCUUCAAAGCUCUAUAUCCUCUUCACUAGAAGGGGCUUCAGGGCUCAUAAUGAAUCCAUUAUUCAUGAGUCUUCUUCAAAAUCAGUUGACGAACAACCAACAAACGAGUUGUUCGGGAUCCAGUUCAAAUGAAAAUUCCAGAAAAGGGACUAAUUCAGAUGAUGUGAAAAUCCCUAUCGCCCCCAAGCCUCCAUCGAAGAUUUCUAGCAGUAAUGCAAUCGCGGUCGGGAUCCGCUCUGGAACCAAAGGAAUCAAAGUCGGUUCCAAAGCGAGAUUGACAGAACCCUUCUUAACGGGUGCUUCUCACGAUUCUGAAAGUUGCUCAAUGGUAAGCGAGAGUUGCACGCCUUCCGCAUCAUUUAUGGACCAAAUGAUCGAUUCACCGACCGAAAGUCAGAGCGACGAGUCAGAAUCUGCGUCAGGUUCCGAGAAACUGCUGCGGAAAGGGGGCAAAGAAGUUGCCAAGUUUCAAUGCGGCGACUGCAGUUUUGUUACUUCCAAACUGUAUGUUUUCAACCAGCAUGUUGCGACUCACAAAAACAACGAAAAAGAACACGAAUGUCCGAUCUGUAAACAGAAGUUUAAGUACAAGCAAAGUGUGAAGAAACACAUGAUGAAGCAUGAAGGAAUAACACCAUAUCACUGCAAGAUAUGCGACUACAAAACCAAUUCACACAGCUCUCUAGAAGUGCACCAAAGGGCACACAGCGGGGAAAAACCAUUCGUAUGCGAGAGUUGUGGGAUGCGGUUUGCUCAGAAUAGUCAACUUAGGGUACAUAUACAGUACCACAGCAAUGCUAACAACCCUUACAAGUGCGAACUAUGCGACUACCAGUCGCCAAACUACUACAAGUUAACUCGACACAUGAAAGUUCACAGAGAAAGACCAUACGCAUGUGAUCUGUGCAAGAAGAGAUUCAUGCUGCCAUACCAGUUGAGGAACCAUGCUGCGACCCACACCAAAACUGCCAUAAAAGGAGGAAACAUUGCGAUCGAAGAAGACGAACACGUAAUGUGUGUAGGGUGUAAUGUUGUAUAUAGAGACCAGGAAAAGUUCAAUUACCACGUAAAAGAGUGUCCCAAACUGAACAACGGUUCACUGAUUCCAGGAACUAGCAGAUCUAUGAAAGAUGAUGUAUUCAAAAUUUCAAAGAAACCGAAAAGCGAUUUCAGCAAAGCUUCAGCGGGUGAUAACGACUUAGGCGUGAACGUGAGUGAAAAAAGUGAAACUGUAACUAUGACUACAAAAAUAACCCAUCCAGAUAAAACAGUUUCCAGAAUUCUUCAUAUUCCUGCCAAGAACCAGAUCCAGCAGUCGACAAUUAGCGCGUAUUCAGGACUUUCAAAACAAACUUCGCGAACAGAAAGUCGAACUACACAAGAAUCUGCUUUAGAGAUUGCACAAAGUGAUGAAGAAGAACAUUUAGAAAUGAACGAACAAGACUAUUUCGGGAGACUGGAAGGAAUUGGAUCCACCAUGAACCUCCCGGAUGACGUUGUGAUUAUAAAACCAGAAGCAGCUCCUUCUGAUAUCAGCACGAGUUCAUCUAAUAUAUGGGAUUUCGGAGUCCAAAUUCCGAACGAGGAUUCAAAAAUCAAAUUGAAUGAUUACAGAUCUGCUUUCUCAACUGCUCAAUAUUCUGCCAGAACAAAUUCCGAGCAUUCUACAUCCCCCGGCUCGUCUUUCGUAUCGCCUUCAGCCGAUAAAAUCCAGUCACCACUGGAGCCGACUUUUGUAGAUGCGAUUCAAAACCAGAUGUCUUCCAUUUUCGACAACCUGCUCUUCAAAGCCGAAAGUGACUGCCAAGAUCAAAGUAGUCGCAACGACUCGGGAGCUCUCAAUAUGACACGUACUUCAAUUAACCAAGGAAGCCAGGAAUCUGAUGACGAAGAAGCUUUAGAUCUGACAAUGGACCAAAAUGCUGACACGACUAUCGACAACCAGGAUAUCAACGGAUGGGAUCUUUCUAAGCCUAAUGUCUCUUCCGCAGCUUCAGAACCUCUUAAUCUGUCUUUAAGUCCAGUUGACCUCAAAGAACCGGCCUCAGAAGUUCGAGCUUUGAUUGCAAAACCAAUCAAAGUUUUAUCUGAGGAAGAAGCCAUUAUAAAGACGGACAACGCCGAGCGACCUUUCAAGUGUGGAUACUGUAGCAAACAGUUCAUACAAAGCAGCCAUAUUAGAGUACAUUUACAGUACCACGUCAAUGCCGGUAACCCGUUCAAGUGCCCCGACUGUUCUUACACGUCUGCUUCCAAGUACAAAUUGAACCUCCACGUCAAAGUACACAAAGAGAGAAGGUUCCAAUGCCCGUAUUGUUCUUCCAAAUUCACCCUCAAUUGCCGCUUAAAUCAGCAUAUCAAACUUGCCCAUGGAGAAAACUUGCCUUACAAGUGCACUUUGUGUAAUGUGACCUUCUCGUCUACCAAUUUGCUAUCGUGGCAUGUCGCCAACAAACAUUCGCACCACGUGUCAAAUUCAGAUUCAAGCCUUCUGGCAACCUCUUGCGACGAAAGCCAUCUAACAGCAACAGCUUGAUGGAAAUGAAAUUCUAACAAUCGUCAUACGAGACUUCUUUAAACUUACAGAAGUACUUUUUGAGAGCUGCACAAAAAUAACAUAUAUGUUUCUACCAGUAACUUCUAAUGCUACUUUGUGGAGCAAUAACUUCUCCGAAAUUCUGCCUUCUGAUUUCUAUUUUUGUAUAUACUUCAUAAAAAUCAUAAGUUUCAUUUCUAACUCUUAUAAAUCUUUAUCACGAAAUAUCGUUAUACUAUCAACAAUGAACUGUUUUAUUUUCAUAUCAAUCAUUCUUGAUUUGUUUUAUUUGCCCUUUUGUUGUAACAUUUAGUGAAAUGCCUAAAUAUUCUAAUGCCAUAUGAGUUACGAUCGCCUUUCGAUGAAAUUAUAAUUCCAAUUGUAAGCCUUAAAAGAUCUUAUGUGCUCAAUUAUCAAUCUUGCUUGAUUGGUCUGUAUAUCAAUGCUUAGAAUCGUUACUCUAUAGUUGAUUCAAAUUGUUUUUUCGGUUUAUCGAUUAAUAAACUGUAGAUAGAAAUACCAAGUUAUUUAAAUAAAACA